GAAUAAAGCGUCUCUGAGCGGCGGAACACCGAGUUUCUGGCUGUGAAACACUUUGUGGACAUUUUGUCAUCCAGGUUUGUUUUUUCACCUGUAACAAAACUUCACAACUCAAGGUCCACUUACCUGUCACCCUUUUCCGCUGUAUCACAUGGCCUUCAUCAUUUGAGUUCAGCAGCUGUUCGUUUCAUCAUCAUCUCAUUUCUGAAAGUUUAAAUCUCCACGACGGAUCAGAGGCUGCGGAGCAGGAAGUGGACUUUCAGUUGGUUGUGGUUUCCUGCUUUGUCUCCACGUUUAACCAUCGUUUCCACCGCAGUACACACCUGCAGUACCUGCUCUUCAUCACCAGUCUUCAUCAUCAGUCACAGAGGAAGCAUGUCUUCACCGAGGCUGGGCGUGGUCAGAGACUCCAUGCUGACCAAUCCACUGCUCAUCAAGGCGCCCCUGGGUCACAGCAGGUCCAGAGGUCUGUCAGGUCCUGGUCCAGAUGUCACCUCCAGAACCAGCAGUAGCCCGCUCAGAGGCGGAGGCGUGGCAGAGGUUCUGUCCGGUUGGAGGGUUCAGUCAGGAUGUGGAGAAUCUGCUCGACCGACCGCUCCUGACUUCGUGUCUCUGAACCGGGACGCGGUGAAGUCCGGUCAGGUGACGUCCAAAGAGCUGAGUCGGUACCGGGCCCAGGAGGGCGGGGCCAGGACGCGGAAACCGGCCCCCAAACGUCAGACAGGUGGGGCUUCAGGGAGCCCAGGGGUGCCCGACAUCACGUUUGGAGUCACAACCAGGGCGCCGUCUCCUCUGUCGGACCUCCUCUCUCAUCAGUACGCUCGCCGCUGGCUGGACCAACAGCUGAGCAGGAACCAAACCAGCAACCAGAAACAGCUGCAGAGGGUGAAACCAGGUUGUAUUCCAGACACCAGGACCAGCCUGUUGAGGAGGAGCAGAGCUCUACCAGCUCUACCUGUCACACAGACUCCAUCCAAGCUGCCUCCUUUCACACAGGUUCAGCCUGCUCUGGACACCUUCAGGGACCAGGAGGCUCGUCUCCGGGCGUUCAGGGCUCGUCAGUCAGAAUCUGCGUCCGGGGGAGGAGUUCGGGGUCUGGGAACAUGUGUUGUAGACGGACCGGAGGAGGAAACACACUGA